UUAAUGGCCCUUUCUUCAUCUUGCUUGGACACAACCUGGUGGGUCUUUACCCUUCCAGCCAUAACAACCCAACACUUGCAUAACCCUACUUUCCUCCUCUUCUUCAUCCCAAUAAUGCUUCUUUUCUUACUUGCCUCCCUUGCAUGGACUUUCUCUCCUGGAGGCCUUGCCUGGAAAAAUGCAAGGACUCACAUGGGUCGGGUCACCAUACCAGGACCCAGAGGUGUCCCUAUCUUUGGCAGCUUAUUCAGUUUGAGCCACGGCUUGGCUCAUCGUACACUCUCUUCUUUGGCUCACUCCCUAGCCGCAAAACAGCUCAUGGCUUUCAGCUUGGGCUCAGUCCCCGCCGUCAUCACCUCCGAUCCUCACAUGGCACGUGAAAUUUUGACGUCACCCCAUUUCGCCGACCGCCCCGUCAAGCAAUCCGCCAAGAGCCUCAUGUUCAGCCGAGCCAUCGGAUUCGCUCCCAAUGGCUCUUACUGGCGGCUGCUCCGGAGGAUUGCCUCCGCUCAUCUCUUCUCACCGAGGCGAAUCGCCGCCCACGAGAUGGGCCGUCUCCUUGACUGCGCUGCCAUGUUACGAACCAUAGCCGAUGAGCAGUCCAUGAACGGCGUUGUUGCCCUGAGGAAACACCUUCAGGCUGCGGCUCUUAAUAACAUCAUGGGCACCGUUUUCGGUAAAAGAUAUGAAUAUAAUCAUCUGAAUAGCUUUGGCUUGGACGCGAAGGAACUGCAUGAGAUUGUUAGGGAAGGGUUUGAGUUGUUGGGGGCUUUUAACUGGUCUGAUUAUGUGCCGUGGAUGAGCUUGUUUUAUGAUCCUUCUCGUAUCAGAGAACGGUGCGGAGCUCUUGUUCCUCGUGUGAGGAAGUUUGUGAGAGGCCUCAUAGACGAACACCGAUUGGCUGCUUCACCAUCCAAGAAGCUCUGCGAUAGUUCGGACUUUGUGGAUGUGUUGCUAUCCCUAGAUGGUUCGGACGAGAAGCUCCAUGAAGAUGACAUGAUUGCCGUUUUAUGGGAGAUGAUAUUCCGUGGUACUGAUACGACGGCCCUUCUAACCGAGUGGGCAAUGGCGGAACUGGUUUUGAACAAACAAAUUCAAGCGAGGCUCCGUGAAGAAGUUGACGAGGUUGUGGGAGACAAAAAUGACGUCAUGGAUUCUGACGUGGCAAAAAUGCCCUACCUCCAAGCUGUCGUCAAGGAGACCAUGCGAGUGCACCCACCGGGACCCCUCCUUUCGUGGGCCCGACUCUCCACGUCAGACGUACAGCUCAGCAACGGCAUGGUGGUCCCAGCCAACACGACGACGAUGGUGAACAUGUGGGCCAUAACCCACGACCCACAGGUGUGGGACGAUCCGUUCGUGUUCAAACCAGAAAGGUUCGUCCCAAGCAAAGGAGGGGCUGACGUGGACGUUCGAGGUGUUGACCUGAGGCUCGCACCGUUUGGAGCUGGACGUAGGGUUUGUCCAGGUAAGAACCUUGGGCUCGUCACUGUGAGCCUUUGGGUGGCUAACUUGGUUCGCCAGUUUGAGUGGGUUCGUGACCAGGCUAACCCGGUUGACCUAACCGAGGAGCUCAAGCUAUCUUGUGAGAUGAAGAACCCCCUCAAAGCUGUGGCCAUUCCUCGGGCUGUUUAAUUAGUUCUCACCAAUACAAGUAUACAACUAAAGGUUUGCGUCACUUUUAUUUAUAUACGAAUAUAUGAUGUUAUAUAUAUAUAGGAGGAUUAUGGCAUACCCCACGGUGUAUGAAUUUUAAGGUUUUUAAGUUGUUUGAAAAGUGUUAUAAGUGUUGCAUGAGUGUAUGAAUAUGAGCAUAUGAUGUACCAAACUAAAUAAGGGGGCGUUUAUUAA